AUGGCGCCGCUGUCCCCCCUGCUGCUGCUGCUGCUGCUGCUGGCGCUGGGCCGCGGGCAGCCGCGCCGGGCCCUGCCGCUGCCGCUGCCGGCCCUGGGCGAGGCGGAGCGGCUGUGGCAGGAGCUGCGGGGCGCGGGGCUGCCCGGCGACGACCUACCCGAGCUGGAGCCCGAGUGCCGCCGCCUCCUCGUCGCCUUCGCCGAGGGCAGCGCGGCCCUGAGCGGCUGCUUGGGCCGCCGCGCCCGCCCGGUGCGGCUGUGCCAGGCCUGCCACCGCCACUACCGCCUCCUCCUGAAGCACUACGGCAGCAUCGCCCGCGCCGUCGGGAAUUCUUCCGAGAGCCACAACUGUGCCAAAAGCAUCUUGACCUCAGACAGACUGCAGAUAGUUGUGACCCUUUCAGGGUUCUUUAAUGAAACCUGGGAGGCAGCCAACUGUGCAAAUUGUUUAAAGAACAACAGUGAGGGAUUGUCAAAUUCUACUGUAGAAUUCCUGGACUUAUUCAAUACAUCUCUGACAUGUUUUGAACAAAACCUUCAGGGACAAAUGGUCUAUCUGUCACCAAAUAACUACACAGAAGUAUGUAAAAACUGCAACGAAACCUACAAAAUGUUGAAUGACCUGUACAACAACUUGCAGAGGAUGAACAGGCAAGGUGGUGAGUCUGGGCACUCUGCACACUUGUGCAUCGACGUGGAAGAUGCAAUGAACAUCACCCGGAAGCUUUGGAGCAGGACUUUCAACUGCUCUGUUCCCUGCAGUGACACAGUCCCAGUGAUUGCAGUUUCAUCCUUUAUUCUCUUCCUACCUGUUGUUUUUUACCUCAGUAGCUUCCUCCACUCCAAGCAGAAGAAACGGAUCCUCAUUUUGCCCAAACGCAUCCAGUCAAAUGCCAGUCUCGUGAACAUCCAAGAAAAAUACAGCUGAGCUGCAGAACAAAACCUGAGAACUGCUGCUGGUUCCACAGUGGCUGCAAUUGUGUUGGAAUGAAGCCGGCACAAAAGAGGAGUUAAUGAUGGUUUAGUGUAAUGAUACAGAGCAACACAAGUUAAACAAAAUGCUGUCUGACUUCUAAGCAAGGAUAUUAACAAGCAUGACAAGGCAGGGCUGUGGGACACUGUGUGGACUCUGGUUUUGGGGGAAAAAAAAAUAAUAAUCUGUGGUUUUUUUCAGUCUUGGGCUGAAACUGGUGGGGUUUUUUUUUCUAAGCUUUUGUAUUUCUCAUCAAUAGAAUUGUUACACUUUCCUGGCACGUUUCCCCCCCCC